AUGAUCCACAGGUCCCAGCUCACCCUCUGCACCCUGGAGGUCAGAGCUGUGGCAAUCAUCCUUCGGUCUGUCCCUCACCUCUACCUCCCUCUCUCCCCAGGCUGUGCCUUCGUGAAGUUUUCUUCCCACACAGAGGCCCAGGCGGCCAUCCAUGCCUUGCAUGGCAGCCAGACCAUGCCAGGGGCCUCCUCCAGCCUGGUGGUCAAGUUCGCCGACACGGACAAAGAGCGGACUCUGAGGCGCAUGCAGCAGAUGGUUGGCCAGCUGGGCAUCCUGACGCCGUCCCUCACCCUGCCCUUCAGCCCCUACAGUGCCUACGCCCAGGCUCUCAUGCAGCAACAGACGACAGUGUUGUCCACCUCCGGCAGCUACCUGAGCCCGGGCGUAGCCUUCCCCCCUUGCCAUAUCCAACAGAUCGGCGCCGUCAGCCUUAACGGUCUGCCUGCCACGCCCAUCGCCCCCACCUCCGGGUUACACUCGCCCCCACUGCUAGGCACUGCCGCCGUUCCUGGCCUGGUGGCGCCCAUUCCCAAUGGCUUCCCAGGCGUCCUGCCCUUCCCUGGGAGCCACCCCGCCCUGGAGACUGUGUAUGCCAAUGGCCUCGUCCCCUACCCAGCUCAGAGCCCCACUGUGGCAGAGACCCUCCACCCUGCCUUCUCCGGAGUCCAGCAGUACACAGCCAUGUACCCCACCGCGGCUCUCGCGCCUGUGGCGCACGGCGUCCCGCAGCCUCCGCACCUCCUGCAGCAGCAGCGCGAAGGUCCCGAAGGCUGUAACCUGUUUAUCUACCACCUCCCCCAGGAGUUUGGAGACACGGAGCUGACCCAGAUGUUCCUCCCCUUCGGCAAUAUCAUCUCCUCCAAGGUGUUUAUGGAUCGGGCUACCAACCAGAGCAAGUGUUUCGGAUUCGUGAGCUUUGACCACCCGGCCAGCGCGCAGGCGGCCAUCCAGGCCAUGAACGGCUUUCAGAUCGGUAUGAAGAGGCUGAAGGUGCAGCUGAAGAGACCCAAAGACCCAGGACACCCGUACUGACCACGCCCACAGCCCCUCCGCUGUGGGUCUGGCCCCAGGUGAGCCGCCAGGCGGCCUGUGCCCUGCCCAGCCCUGGUGUGGUCCAACCCUCCUCCCCUCCCGAGCUCACGCUCCACACCCCGGGGGCGGGAGCCAUGCUCCAGGAAGCCAGUGGGGACACAGCCCUCCCCCAUCACCUUCGCUUGGGUGGCACAGGGUGGGAUUCGGGUGGGGAGGUGGAGAGAAAGCUAGGCGCUCCCGCCAGGGGGGCUUCCCAGGGAACGUUUUGAAGGAUGAAUAGACGCUCAUCCAGAAGUGGGCGUGUGGGCCUGGUGCAGGGUGUGAUGGGCGGGGCUUCUGUCCCAUCCUGGGAAGCUGUCCCCCUCCAGGAAGCACACGUCCCAGGUCUGGGUCCCUAGUUGGAACUUGGAAUAGCCAGUUAAGCUUGGCCCAGAACUGAAGCAGAGGGGACGGGAGCCCGCCACAGCCUUCCGGCCCCCCACCUCUGUCCCCACCGGCUCCCAUGGACCCCGAGAGCCCUGUCUUCUAAUUACAUGCCCAGUGGGUUCACAAAACCCAGAGCGUACGCCACUCACAAUCUCGCAAAAACAAACAGAAAGCCAGAUAUACCCAAAACAAGCAAAAAAAAACACAAAACCCCAAAUGUCAGAUUCCCAUCCAACCACCUUCUCGGCGCUCUCUUUGGAACUGAGCUGAUUUUAAAGGUGGAGCCAGCGGCCGGCCUCAUGGGAGGGGACAGCUCGGCCACCGGCUGCCACCACCUACAGAGAGCCUGGAAAUACUUUUGAUUUUUCCCCUUUCUUCCUUCCUUCCUCCCUCCCUCCCUCCCUCCCUUCCUUUUUUUCUUUUUCCUUCUCUUUUCUGAUCACCUGAGGGCCCAGGGUCUGGUAGAGGUCAGCAGUGUUUAGUCCUUCAGUGUUUUUUGUUUGUUAUCUGAGUUUUAUUUAUUUUGGUUUCGAUGAGGAAACCUGUCAAUCAGGAUCAAACCCCCAGCACAUCUGCCAGGUCUCCACUUUUAGCCCAGUGUCCUGUGGAUCUCUGCUCUGGGCUGGGGAGGAACCAGUCUAUACAUAUCCCCAAACUGAUGGUGACUGUCAGGAACUGCGGGUUUGAAAACACGGACUUUUCUUACCAGGACAAACGUGAAGUGGAGCAGGGCGUUCUGUGCCCCACUCCCCUCCCCUCCACGGCUCCCUAAUGCGCCCCCAUAUCCUCCCUGGGUUGAGUGGUCCCCACUUCCAACCACCCCAGGACUCUUAUGUAAAUUACAGCCAAGUUUGGACACCAGCCCUCCCAGUGACCCCCUUCCCCAUCUGUCCCCCCACGCAGUCCCCCCAAUUCCAAAGCCACUGAGCGCCACAUGGGCAUAGAAUGCCCCGUGGUGUGUGUGGGUGGGGGGAGACAGGAGUCUGAGCCCAGGUCUGAGGGGUCCAUACACUGCCAAUCACCAUCUGCCCCUCGACUUGGGGGCACCCCCUGUCGGACUCGGAGGCCUUCCAGGCCAGCCAGCACCCCCUAGCCAGAACCCCCACUUCCCGCCUCCUGUAGCCGCGCCCAAGAGCGCAUCAUAGACUAUGUAUUUUUGGAGUAUGAAACGCAGGGGCCAAACGGUGGCUCCGAGCCGGCCACUCACCGGGACCAAGGACUGACGAGGCCGGCUGGAGGCCGCCCCCCACCGGACGCCAAACCAGGACCCCGCCAACACCAUAUACCUCCGGUUCCUGGGGUCCCCACGGCUGCUGCCACUGCCCGCGUCCAGGGCCGCCCUCCUCCCCUCCCGCUUUCACGGCCUUACUUGGGUGACCAGGUGUCCUUAGCUUCCCUUGGGGAAGCCUCCUGCCCCCCACUGUCCCCAGGUGCCCCCCACUGCCCCUCAGGUACCCCCAGGUGUCCCCCGCCCCCUCCGUCCUCCUCACCGCCCCCAGAUGUCCCCCGCCGUCCUCCAAUCACCAGCCUUGAACUGAAGGUCUCCACCGAGGUCGCCCGAGUCGGACGUGGCCACACAGACCGCCAGACCCGGUUGCUGACGCCGCGGACUCCGCACGCUGAUUCUUUUCUCUCCUUUUUAUUUGUGGUCUUUUUCCAGACCACAAGGAAGGGCGGGGGUGGGGGGUUCGCUGAUAAUCCGCUUCUGUUUCCUAGCUGGGGGUUGGGAGGACUUGGGUGGGGAGCCGCCCCUGUAUAUUACCCCCUGCCCACGCGCCCACCGCAAAGCACAGAGUCGUUAGUUUGGACAUCCCACCACGGGGAGGGGGGUCCGCAUCCCUUCUGACGAGUCCAAAAGCAAAACACAAGAGACAAAAAAAAUUUUAAGGUUUAAGAAAGUGCAAAAACAGAUUUUUAAAAAAUCCCUUUCGUUUCUACCAACAUGUUUGUUGACUGCUCCAAAACAAAGGGAAAAAAGUCAAAAAAAAAAAAAAAAAGAGGGAAAAACUCCCCCGGAUUCCGCCCGCCUCGUUUCGCGUCCCCUGUUCUGAGCAUUCCUACAGUGAGACUGUGUUCCGUCCGGUGCCAGCCUGUGUCCGCGCGGGGCGCCCGCCCAGUGCGUGCUGGCGUGCGCUGGCCUGCACACCGUCUAGUUCAUGUUUACGAGCUGUAAAUACCAUUUUUAUACUCCACUCGAGAAACCCUAUGUGAUUUGUACGACGGGCUUUAUUUCUGCUACGACGAAUUUCGUGAAAUUUCAACUUCAACCUGAAUGUUGGAGACGGCAGAGAGAGGGCGGGACGGCGGAGGGCGGAGAGGAAAUGCGGGCUGUGGGCCCCUGCCUCCUGCCCCUGUGUGCGGGGACGAGUCUCAGCGCCAAAUCACCUCUCUGGUCUGGAAGAAAAAAACGAAAAGUUUAUUUAAUAAAAGUUUUACUUGUUAA